AUGCCUCCGCGACGCCCUCCAGGAUUGCUCGAUAUUGGGCCGUCUAACCAUCAACGCUUCCAGAGCGAGGCACAGCAGCAUGCAACAGGAUCGGCUUCCCAAGAUGGGCAACUGGCAGUUGUUGUCUCUGCUCCACUUCAAUCGACAGACGACUUGCCGUUGCUCUCACCACCAUACAAGAGCCACGCCAGCCGAACCAACUUGCUCUCUGGCCGCGACCGCACUCCGUCCCCGAGCCCUAGCUAUAGAACGUCAUACAUGCCAUCGCCGUCCGGCGACUCUACUGACGAGAAGGGCAAAGCCAAAGCUACUGUCCAUUACCCAGAUGACAUAGCUGUUCCGCCCCAAAUUCACGACCCUGAGGACCACCACUCUCUAUUGUCUUCAGCUGCAGGGACUGAUGAUGAGGAUGACGACGAUUACAACUGGUCGGAUGAGGAGGACCUGGUUGACGAGGAGGCCAAGUUCGAGAAUAAGAUUGGGACGAAGAAGAAGACAGGCUGGGGACCCAAACGGAUUAUCACACUGUUAUUCUCCUCCCUCCUCGGCUCGACAUUCCUAGCCGGGGUCCUCGUCGCUCCCGCCCUCAUACUGCAUUUUUACUGGUAUCGUCCACACAAAGAUGCAUUCCGCCACAAGGUCACCGUCAAUGUCGAAGCGUGGCUGUUUUGGGCCGCCGCUAACCUCCUCAUAUCAUGGUAUCUGGCCUUCAUCAUCGACGUCGUCCCCACCUUCAUUCGCUUCCUUAUCUCGGUCUCAUGGGGUCACGUCUCCGAAACAAUCAAGUCGCGCAUUGAGAUGUACAACGCGGUCAAAAACACAUUUAAGCCAGUAUUCUACGCCGCCAGCUGCUGGGUUUCCUGGGUCAUCAUUUUUGACCACAUCUUCCACAUGGUUGGUGAGGGCAGCGCGAACCACCAGCGUUACACGUCCACUGUCCACCGGGUCAUUGAAUUCUUCUUCUUUCUGACCCUCGUACUCUGCGCUCAGAGGCUGCUUUCUCACCUUAUCGCGUUCGCUUUCCACCGAACAGCGUUCAAAGACCGUAUCGAAGCCGUUGCAGAAACCUUGGCGGUUGUCGAGAAACUGCGAGAUUACCGCCCUAAAUCGAAACGUUCUUCCGGGCUUCGGACUCCGCUUUUCGGUCUUGGAACACCGACGCUCGAGAAAGACCACUUCAGCUUUCUUUCAAGUAAACUCAAGUACCACAAGAAGCAUCCAGAGCAUCGGGACUGGCAAGGCGACGAAGGCAAACAUCACGGUAAACAUGCGGAGACUCCGGUCAGCGAGGACAGCCCGCACCAGUACCCGCCUUCUCGAGAUCAUCGUGACAGAGAUGCAACGCUGGUUGGAACAGCGGCGAAAAUGGUCAAAGACGCGGUGCUGCAUGAUGCCCGGAAUAUCAAGGGUGAAGAUGCCGCUGGAAAUCUUGAGUGGAAUGUCAGUUCGUCCUCUGAAGCAAAGCGGCUUGCUCGUUCGAUCUACAUGCGUCUGAAAUCCCCAACACGCCAUUACCUCCUCCCAAUCGACUUUCGUCCUCCGUUUGCGGACCAAGAGGCUGCAGAUGCCGCUUUCCGUGUCUUUGAUAAGGACAACAACGGCGACCUUUCGCGGGCGGAAAUAAAAACGACUCUGGUUAAGGUGUACAAGGAGCGUCGCUUCCUUGCCCGCUCCAUGCGGGACGUCAAUGCCGCACUAAAAACUCUGGACUACAUCCUCAUCUUCUUCGCCCUCGGCGUCCAAUUCUUCAUCUCUCUCAGUGUGUUUGGGGUCAACAUCACGAGCAGCUUGACCAGUGUUUAUUCCCUCAUCGUUGCCGCCAGUUUCAUCUUCAAGUCUGCUGCGAGCAGCGCAUUUGACUCCAUUAUGUUUCUUUUUGUGACACACCCGUUUGACACUGGUGACCGGUGUUUUAUCGACGAUGAGGUUAUGGUCGUAAAAAAGAUGGAGCUCUUUGCGGCAUGUCUAUCCUUCUUACGACAUUUACUCGUUGGGACGGGACUGAGUCCUAUUAUUUCAACAGUCAACUAUGCAACAAAUUCAUGUUUGUCAAUCAACGUCCGAAGAAGCGGAAAAAUGUACGAAAACCUAACAAUGCAGGUCGCAUGGCGAACCCCACUAGAAAAAUUAGACGCACUAGAAGCUGCCAUCAACAAAUGGCUGUCGACAGAGGAGAACCGGUGGUUUGUGCCGAGCACGGGAAUCACUUUCCAACGGAUCGAGUUUCAGCGAUAUUUAGAGUUUACCAUGGCCAUCGGGCAUAAUGGAACCUGGCAAGAUUGGAGUUUGCGAAGUGCCCGCAAAACUGCAUUCCACGCUGCCGUCCAGUACUAUUGCCGCGAACUAGGAAUUGAAUGCUACAACUCCCCACAACCUAUCAUCUGGACGGACGCGACUGCUGGCCUCCCACCAUACAACAGUCCCAAUCCUAGCGGGGUUGACCUUUCUCCAGAAGGGGGCUCGAACGACGACCGCGUGAUUGCGCCGAUCCGCCGGACGAUGGCGACUUCAUUGGGCUUCACGCCGCAUGCAGAAUCGACCCUGUUGCGGGCCCGUACUCAUGGGCGGAAGGCUGCGAUGCGGGCAGCGGGCGGGGGCGACAUGUAG